GUUCCUUUUCCGCUUUCGCGUUGAUAAGUCGGUGAGUGAAUCGUGUCACAGAAUUUCAGAUCAGUAUACAAUAAACAUCCACCAUGGGUAAGGGAAAUAAUAUGAUUCCAAAUGGCCAUUUCCACAAGGAUUGGCAACGAUAUGUAAAGACUUGGUUUAACCAGCCAGCGAGAAAAAUCCGCCGUAAGCAAAAACGUGUCAAGAAGGCACGAGCUCUCGCACCCAGGCCUGUAAAUCUUUUGAGACCUGUUGUACAUUGCCCGACAUUCCGUUACCACACUAAAGUUCGUGCUGGUAAAGGUUUCACAUUGGCUGAAUUGAAAGCUAGUGGUCUAAACAGGAGAUUUGCCAAAACAAUUGGCAUUGCAAUUGACCCUCGUCGUCGUAAUAAAUCUAUCGAAUCUUUACAAACAAAUGCUCAACGUUUAAAGGAGUAUAAGUCUAAAUUGAUUCUCUUCCCGAUAAAUGAAAAGAAACCUAAGAAGGGUGAUGCAACUGAAGAAGAGAGGAAACUAGCAGUGCAAAUCAAGGGAGAUCCUAUGCCGAUUCGUCAUCAAGCACCUGCUAAGGCAAAGGCUCGUCCUAUUACUGAGGAGGAAAGUAAAUUCUCAGCAUAUGUAACUCUUCGUAAGGCAAGAGCAGAUGCACGAUUAGUUGGCAUUCGUGCAAAACGUGUUAAGGAUGCUUCAGAAAAUCCUGAUGAAGUGACAAAAGUUGCUAAGGACAAGAAAGUUAAAAAAUAAAUUUUUUUUCUGUAUAAAAAUAAAACUUUCCUGUAACGGAUAAUAA